AUCCAUUUCCAUAGUCGUCACUUUGUAGAUUGGGUCACUCUGAAAUCCAGCAGACCAGAUUCAAUUCAAUGGCUUCUCAGGAUCAUAAUCACGGCCAUGACCAUGAUCACGAACAUCAUCACCAUGACCACGAACAUCCUCACAACCAUGGGGAGGACUCUUCGUGGGUUGGGCCGGACGGGAAAGUGUACCAUAGCCAUGAUGGUUUGGCGCCGCAUUCACAUGAACCUAUCUAUUCCCCUGGCUACUUUAGCAGAAGAGCCCCUCCUCUUACUAAUAGAGAUUUUAAGGAAAGAUCAUUCACAAUUGGGAUUGGUGGGCCUGUUGGAACUGGGAAAACAGCUUUGAUGUUGGCUUUGUGUAGAUACCUGAGGGAUAAAUACAGUCUUGCUGCUGUGACGAAUGAUAUAUUCACAAAGGAAGAUGGUGAAUUUCUAGUAAAGAAUGGGGCACUUCCUGAGGAAAGAAUUCGAGCUGUUGAAACAGGGGGUUGUCCACACGCAGCAAUUCGCGAAGAUAUCAGUAUAAAUCUAGGCCCUCUUGAAGAGCUUUCCAACUUGUUUAAAACAGACAUAUUGCUAUGCGAAUCUGGUGGAGAUAAUUUGGCUGCAAACUUCAGCAGGGAACUUGCCGAUUAUAUUGUUUACAUAAUCGAUGUUUCUGCUGGGGAUAAAAUACCCAGGAAAGGUGGUCCUGGCAUUACACAAGCUGAUCUCCUAGUGAUAAACAAGACUGAUCUUGCACAUGCAGUCGGAGCUGACCUGACAGUUAUGGAGCGCGAUGCGCUUAGAAUGCGAGAUGGAGGUCCAUUCGUGUUUGCGCAGGUGAAACAUGGUGUUGGUGUGGAGGAAAUAGUAAACCAUAUAAUCCCGGCUUGGGAAGCUGCAACUGGAAAUGUGAAACAUUGAUUGAUCUCAAUUCUCUUUAUCAUCUGUUUGUUUGUAGCUUAAAUAUAAUAAUAAAUCCAUGACAGUUACUUUUCAGUCAGUCUAUUGUUGGAUUUUGUAUCUUAAAUAGGAUGUUUGCCUAUGUUUUGACUAAAUAAAUGGAUAAACUUAACUCUUCUUAUUAA